AUGCAUAGUAAGUUUCAGUCUGGCCAAGUUGAAGGUAGAGGGGUAUAUACUUUUCGUGUGAACGGAGAGUUAUGCCAUCACAUUGGAAAUUUACAACCCGAUUUAGAUGAAGGUGCUAGAUUUGCACAAAUUUAUUUCUUAGAUGAUGGUUUACAAACAAAUCGUCGUAUGGAGAUUUUUGAUGAUCUUCAUCGUGAUGUUGUUAACAACAUUCAAGAAGUUUUAGAAUCCAUAAAUGCGUUGGUUCGUGGUUUUAAGUCUUUGCAUGAUGUUCUUCAAAGGGGACAAAACAUGGGACUUCGUAUCUCCGGUGAGGUUCCUUUUGGUGAACAUCCCCGUCGAUAUAAUCGCCAAGUAGUUCCAGAAGUUGCUGUUGUUGUUCUUGACGAACAAUACAUGAAUUUUGGUAGAGAUAUUAUUCUUCACCAACGUGGUGGAGAUUUAAUACGAAUAAAAAAAAUUCAUCCAGCUUACGAUGCUUUAUCCUAUCCUUUGUUGUUUCCUGAUGGGCGAUGUGGGUGGUCACCAACUUUUAAAGCAGAUAUUGGAGUGACUUUAAAGUCAUAUGUCCAAUAUUUGCUUCAAAAGCGCCCAGAAUCUAAUGUAUUACAUAAGGCUAGUAGAUUAUUCCAGCAAUAUGUAGUGGAUCAGUAUUUACGUGUAGAACAUGAAAAUUUGUUUUUCAUUAGGCAACAUCAAACUGAACUUCGUGCAGAGUGCUAUCAGGGGGUCGUAAAUGCUUUGCAGGAAGACAAUGGAGCAUGCAUUGGACGUCGCAUUGUCUUACCUGCAACAUUCAUUGGUUUUCCCCGAUACAUGCAAAAACUCUUUCAUGAUAGUAUGGUUUUGGUUAGAGUUUUAAGAAAAUCCGAUUUGUUUGUGACAAUGACAUGUAAUCUGACCUGGCGUGAGAUUUUUGAUGAGCUUGAGCCAGGUCAAAGUCCUCCUGAUCGUUCAGAUAUUGUUGUGUGUAUUUUCGAGUUCAAGUUAAGAGCAUUGAUGGAUGAGAUUACGAAGAAGAAUGUCAUGGGAGAGAUAAUUGCUUUUUGUUACACUAUUGAGUUUCAAAAACGUGGUCUUCCUCAUGCACACAUUCUUCUUUGGUUGAAAGACAAGGUCAAUGACUGUGACCUUGUAGAUAGGAUAGUAUGUACGGAGAUUCUCGAUUUAAAUAGACAACCGCAAUUGUAUGCCGUGGUUGCCAAGCACAUGAUGCAUGGACCAUGUGGUUUGGACAAUCCCAAUUGUCCAUGCAUGGAAGAUGAUAGAUGUACAAAGAACUAUCUGAUGCAAGCUCGAGAUACUACCGAGGUGGAUGGUGACGGACAUGUUUUGUACCGUCGUCAAAAUCAAGGUCGAUAUAUCGAGAAACGUGUACGUGGAUAA